AUGUCGCCUCGAGAAGCUCAACAGACUGAUACUAUGCAGCAUCGAGCUCUGGCCACGGCAUGCGAGGCUCUCGAGAGGGUUGCAAGCAUCUUUGUGAAACGAAUCGAGGAUGUGGAAGUUGAUAAUGAUAACAUCCUUGGAGUGGCCGUCGAUGCUGGUACAAACCAAUCGGCCGAUGCUGUGUCCAUCACUCCCCAUAAUGCCGGCACAAAGGCCGAGUUCGCGACGCAGAUAAUGCGCCCAGCGGGUGUCGAUCCCCUAGAUGUGGAAUUCAUCGAGAUUCAUGAGAGCGGCACACAGAUAUAG